AUGAUUCCGGACAAAGUCGACCAGCCACAAACGGCCGACAAGACCCCAUGCACCGGGUCCCGGCCCCGUCCCGAGGGCCGAUCGCGUCGACGACAUCAUAAGUCUAGAGGGGGUUGCAGACCCUGCAAAAGCCGCCGGGUAAAGUGCGACGAGGUCCGGCCCGCCUGCAAUGUCUGCACCAAGAGGGACGUCGCUUGCGAAUAUUUCGACACCUGGCGCUGUUUGAUCAAUCGCCCGGAUGAAUCACCCAAGAUUCUCCCUAGCCUACAUGAGGCCCGAGAUGGAUUUACAGUUUCACCAGCGCCCUCAACACAGACGGAUCCCUCGAGCAUCCCGAGCAGCAUAGUGCCCUCGCAAAGUCUCUUCCCUGAGGGCGUCGGAUCCCCAGAAGAUCGCCUGCUAGAUCUCCGUCUGUUCUGCCACUAUCUAGAGAUGACGACACGGUCGACCGACGUGCAAAUGUCCUGGGCUUUCUGGAUAGUGCAAGAAGCGUCGCAAUCACCGCCUGUCAUGGAUGCUCUCCUCGGCUUUUCGGCCUUUCAUCUGCGACGUCACCACAAGCACGACGAGGCUCUGCGUGACGCCUCUCACAGGUUCAUGGCUCGCGCGAUAAAACGUCACAGAGAGCAGCUCAGGGCAGGAUUCAACGACACCAAUGCUGCGAGCAUCGUCGCAACCUGCGCCUUGGUGACUUUCCACUCAGGCGUAAACCAUUCAUUGCUAAGCUCAGAUAAUGGUGACCACCGACUGCCUGUUCACUGGUUCCGCUCAUUUCACAUGACGAUGCAAGUCGUUCGGAUGGCCCGCUUCUUCAGCCCAGAUUCGGAUCUAUGCCGAAGACUUGCAGGGAUUGACAGGCUCCAGCACGAGAUUAUGGAGAGGGAAGUCGGUGGCAAGUUCAACUUUCUACUGGAAUAUAUCGAUCCGCUGGGUCCUUCUGACGAGGAAUCACUCCUGGCUUACGGUCAGGCUGUGGCUUUGCUCUCAUCACUCUACUGCGACCUGGAGCAUACAACGCCGCUCCUCUUCUUCAUCACCGUGUCCACUCGAUACGUUGACCUUCUGGGAGCCAAGGACCCUAGAGCAUUGGCCAUUCUAGGGUACUUUUUCAUGCUUGUUAAAAAGAGUCGACAAUUCUGGUGGGUAGAUGGGGCCCCCGAGUCUGAGUUUGCUGCCGUCAUGGCAUUAUUACCGCACCGAUGGAGGCCUGUGAUGGAUUGGGCAGUGCUGGAGUUUGCUCACCAACAGUGUUUGGCUUAGCGCCUUGGUUUGGCUGCUCUCGGUAAGACUUUAAUAGAGCCCGGAUUUAUAUUCAAUACGAAUAUCUAAGCCUCAACACUAGCUUGGUAGGAUAGCAUCAGGACACUACCACAUGAAACCCACCUCUGAGCCUGACCC